CAGAGUAUUUUCUGAAAAAGUUCUGCAGGGCAGAGGAGUUGAACAGUUGAUCACAUGCAGGAGCACGGGAUAGAUGGAGUACAGCUGACUCAACAGCUACAGGGGAUUUGGGUUUUGCAAUGGAACAGGUAUGGUUGCUGCUUCUGCUGACGAUUAAAGUGCUCCCAGUGACUGCUCAGUUCAAUGGAUACAACUGUGAUGCUAACCUCCAUAGCAGGUUUCCUGCUGAGCGAGAUAUCAAUGUUUUCUGUGGAGUACAGACAAUUACUAUGAAGAUAAAUUUUUGCACAGUUCUUUUUUCUGGUUAUUCUGAGACAGAUCUGGCACUGAAUGGGAAACAUGGGGAUGCCCACUGCAGGGGCUUCAUCAAUAACAACACCUUUCCAGCAGUGGUCAUUUUCAUCAUCAAUCUGAGUACUUUGGAAUCUUGUGGGAACACUUUAGUGGUAUCCUCAGCUAGAGGUAUCAAUGCUUAUGGAAAUACCUCAGUGGUACAGAUAGGUAAUGUUUCAGGCUAUAUUGAUACACCAGACCCACCAACGAUUAUCAGCUAUUUGCCGGGGCUUCUGUACAAAUUUAGCUGUAGCUACCCACUGGAGUACUUGGUUAACAAUACCCAGCUCGCUUCGUCAUCAGCUGCUAUUUCUGUAAGAGAGAACAAUGGUACAUUUAUCAGCACUUUGAAUUUGUUGCUUUACAAUGAUUCAACCUACAGCCAGCAACUCCUUAUUCCAAGCACAGGUUUACCUUUGAAAACCAAAAUAUAUGCAGCUGUAAGAGCAACCAACCUUGAUGGCAGGUGGAAUGUUUUGAUGGACUACUGUUACACCACACCAUCUGGCAAUCCUAGUGAUGAUCUUCGGUAUGAUCUUUUCUUCAGCUGUGACAAGGACCCGCAGACAACCAUAAUUGAGAACGGCAAGAGUCAAAUGGGCCGGUUUUCCUUUGAGGUGUUUCGCUUUGUGAAGCACAAGAACCAGAAGAUGUCCACGGUCUUCCUCCACUGUGUGACGAAGCUGUGCAGAGCAGAUGACUGUCCAUUUCUUGUGCCAAUCUGCAGCAACAGAGAAAGAAGAGACACUGGUGGAAGGACGACUUGGCGCCCUCAGAGCACAUCGGGCAAUGCUGUCAUCUCUGCUGGCCCCAUCAUUACAAGGAGUGAUGAGACGCCAACCAACAAUUCACAGCUUGCUCACCCAAACGGACCUCCUUUCCAGAUGAACACGGUCACCAGUGCGCUGAUUUCAGGCAUUGUCGUCCUGGGAAUUUCAAGCAUUUUCUUUUUUGUAUGUUCUCUAACCCUUCUGCACAGAAACUGGCCCAACAGUUCGGUCCUGAGUGGCAUCCGAAACCCAGUUUUCAACUGAAAGUGAUGAUUUGUUUGCACUUUUUGUUUGGGGUUGCCUUUCUUGUCUGUGAAGUAUGAUUCCAUUAAAAAGUAAUAUUAAGGCAACAUUCCAGUGAUAUCCAGCUUCUGUUCCAGCUAUUCUGUAUUUGUAGAUUUGCUAGAUGAUGUUGUGUAGGUGAGCAGCAGUGAUGUUGGUAACAAGCCUAGAAAAUGUUGAGAAUCUCAAUUGUGUUUGCGAUCAGACUGCAUGACAUUUGCCCAUGAAUGUGCUGACAAUAGAGCUCACGUCUUCAUCUGCUCAGUAAAGUCUAAAAGCUGGAGAGGCUGCAGAUGAGAACCUUUCCAAGUAUGCCAUUUUAAUACAAAGGCUGACAUAUUCAGGAAAGUUCAUAAGUUCAUGAACACCUAGUAAGA